GGGAUAUUGGCAGUGUUGCAUACUUUAUAUAAAUGUCAUAUAGUUCAACUAUGUAAAUGUUUAUUUCUUCACAUAAGCUUAUCAUAUAAAAAGCUGAAUAAAAAGUACACAAAUGGAUUUACACACGAAAAGUCGUUCAAACAGUUCUAAUUAAAAAAAACAAAAUUGUUUCAAAGCCAUAAAUGACUAACACCAGUUCUGAAAACAUUGGACAAUCCCUACCUUCUGGAACAAGAGGAGAAACUGUUAAUGUCGCAAUGGAUGAUCAAUCGGAUCGACUCGUCCUACCUCCAAUAAAUUUUGAAAAUGAUCGCUUUCCUUAUUGCAUCGUUUGGACACCGAUACCUGUCCUCACUUGGUUGUUGCCCAUGAUAGGUCAUAUGGGAAUAUGUACAUCUACUGGUAUCAUCCGCGAUUUUGCCGGACCAUAUUAUGUGUCCGAGGACAAAAUGGGUUUUGGAAGACCGACAAGAUAUCUGCGUUUGAAUCCAAAAAAUGUUGCAGGUGGAUCUGCUGAGUGGGAUGAAGCUGUGGCUAAAGCUUCAAUAUUAUACGGAACUCGCAUGCAUAAUCUCUUUUGCGACAAUUGUCAUUCACAUGUGGCCACUGCCUUAUGCGGUAUGCGCUACAAUAGACGAACCAGCUGGAAUAUGGUAGUGCUGUGUCUUUGGAUAUUUGUUUGUGGCAGAUAUGUUGGUUUCUUGGGUUUUAUUAAAACAUGGCUACCGUUUAUAAUUUUCGUAUCGUUGUGCUCGUUCCUGGCAGUGUACCUUUAAGUUUAUUUAAAAGAACUUGUUUGUAAACAUGGGUUAAGCUAAAGAAUUUAUUUGCAUAUACAUAUAAAUAUGUAACGAAAUAUUAAAGCGAAUAUUAAACUGUGCAAUUCUUUUUUAAGAUUAAUAAAAGAUAGUAUUAGUAA